AUGCUUCAUUAUCUUCUUGUUAAGGACAGACUCAAAGGCUUUAGAAAGGCAGGAAAUCAAAGCUAUAGGGCGGUAGUUAGAAGGAUUGGAGCGGUCACCCUUUUUAAGGACAGGUUGAAUGUGAGCAAACUUCCAGCAAGAAGGAUAGGUAGAAGUAGAGAAACACAGACGAAAGAGUUUGACCAGGCAGUGAGCGAGUUCGGAAGCACAGUUUUUGAGAACAAUAGGAGGGACUCCAUCCGGACCGUAAGCCUUCCGAGAAUCAAGACCAGAGAGGGCCUGGAAAACGUCAUGAUAAAGAAUUUUAAUUUUAGGGAUGAAGUAGUCAGAGGGUGGAGGAGUAGGAGGAAUAUGCCCAGUAUCAUCCAAAGUAGAGUUGGUAGCAAAGGUUUGAGCGAAGAGUUCAGCUUUAGAGAAAGAAGAGACAGCUGUGGGGCCAUCUGGUUGAAUUAA